AUGGGGUACGACAUUCCAGCACGAACACAAGUGCUUAUCAAUGCUUGGGCAAUUGCAAGAGAUCCUGUCUUGUGGGAAGAACCAGAGGAGUUUAGGCCAGAGAGGUUCUUGAACAAUAAUAUCGAUUAUAAAGGGCUUCAUUUUGAAUGGCUUCCAUUUGGAGGUGGACGUAGAGGAUGCCCUGGUGUUCAGUUUGCUGUACCUAUCAUUGAGCUUGCAUUAGCAAAUGUUGUAUACAAGUUCAGUUUGGCAUUACCAAAUGGAGUUCAAGAGAAGGAUUUGGACAUGACUGUGUCAAAUGGCGUUACAGUUCAAAGGAAGUCCCCUUUAUUGGUUAUGACAAGUCCACGGUUCUAGUUGCUUCUCAUCGCAUAUAAUUUUAUGUUAUGAUUCUGGUGAUACAUACAUUAAAUAAAUGAUAUUCUCAUAUUGUUUGUUAUUCUUGAUGUUUCCAACGAUAAAAAGUAAGUUAUAUAAUACCUAUUGUCAUAGUGAGCUUCAUAAAGUACAAACGAAUUGAAAGUUCUGUCCAAAGAAUACAAACUUUCUAAUAGUUUACACUCAUCGACUUCGAUCAAAUUGAAUGACCGUUUAUAAUCAACAUGAACAAAAAAGAACAAUAUAAAAAAAUCUCUAAGAGUAGACGGAUCUUUAUUGAUAAAAAACAAUUCUCCAUAAUUCUAUUGCGACUCUUAAGAGAUGAUAUAAAUUCUAAAGAUUUUACUUAAUUAGAAGAUAUAUUCCUAAUAAUUAUAAAUCUUUACAAAAAAAAAAAAAAAACUUAAAAUUAACUAUCCCAAACAAAAAUAAAUUUCUU